GAGGUAGUGUUAAACGGAUUCACAAUGACCACUAAACCACUUCUCUAUUUGGAGGAAUAUAAGCUGAAGCAGGAUGCGAAUGAUUACGGGCUGGCUGACGAACUGUGGGACUUUGAGCGGUUCAAGCAACAACUGCAAAUCGUUGUCGUGCGAUACGGGGACGACGAACUGGAAUUUGACAUGAUCGGAGUGAGCUGUGCCGUUGCGAACGUGUUCCGUCGGUUGAUGCUGAGCGAGGUGCCGAGUAUGGCGAUCGAGAAGGUUCACAUCUACAACAAUACAUCGAUCAUACAGGAUGAGGUAUUGGCCCAUCGGUUGGGGCUGAUUCCGCUGCGUGCCGAUCCGCGUAUGUUCGAAUAUAAAGCCAACGAAACCGAUCCUCCAACGGCACAGGAUACGCUGGAGUUCGAGCUGAAGGUGAAAUGUACCCGCAAAACGAAGGAUAUAAAUGAGAUGACCAAUAACGAUAGCAUGUACAAGAAUCACAGCAUUUAUUCGGGUCAGAUUAAGUGGGUUCCUAUCGGGAAUCAAUCGACCGUCUAUACGGAAGCCACCGUGGGACCGAUCGACGAUGAUAUUCUUAUCAGUAAGAUGCGUCCCGGGCAUGAAUUCGACAUAAAACUGUUUGCGGUGAAAGGUGUCGGCAAUGAUCACGCAAAGUUCUCGCCUGUUGCAACCGUUUCCUAUCGCCUCCUGCCGGAUAUUAAGCUGAACCGACCGGUCGUGGGAAAUGAUGCACGGUUGCUGCAGAAGUGCUUCUCACCGGGUGUGAUUGAGAUCGCUAAGGAUGAUCAUGCGUACGUGAAGAAUGCACGGUACGACAGUUGCAGUAGGAACGUGUACCGAUAUCCUCAGAUUGCAGACGCCGUUACGAUGGCUCGAGUGCGGAAUCAUUUCAUAUUCACGGUGGAAUCGCUGGGUGCCCUCAAGCCGGACGUAAUCUUUGUGGAAGCGGUAAAGGUGCUGAAAAAGAAGUGUCGAAUGUAUUUGAAUGAAUUAAAAGGGUAA